AUGACCUCCUUCCCGGCCGGCCGCAUUCCCCGCAUUCCGGGCGACACAGACCCGGUUCACCAGUCUAAGUUCCAGGGGCGACUUGAAAUCUGCCGCCGCCGUGAGCCUGCAAGGCUAGAUAAAGCUGUGGGAACUCCUCAGCCGGACAGUGGGACACGAUCUCCGAACCAGACCACAGAGUGUCCAGGCACUCGAAGCUCGUCUUUGAAUGAGCAGUGCAGACGGUCGUCAUCCGGAAACGGUGACAGAAAACUGGUCACUAGAGUGGAGGCAAAGCCCAGAAGCUGGAACGGCUCAGCAGAGCAAGCAGUCAGCCAGGACCCAGAGACAGGCCAAGGCCUCAAGAAUCUUCCGAGGUGCGGGCAGCACUGGCGAGGGCAGCGCCGCAGGGGGGACGCGUGGACCCAUGACCCAGGUGGAUGCAGCCGUGCAUCGCCUGGGGUCCUCCAGCGACGCUCCCGCGGGCCGCAGCCGCCCCAGCUCCCCCUAGUACCCUCACCACCGACCUCGGGGCUUCCAGGCCCACCACGCCCGGUGUCUCCGCUCAGCCCUCUCCGCUCAGCCCCGACCGCUCGCAAAUCUGAGGCCCCCUGGAGCUUUUCGAACUCUGCUCCUCGCAGCCCAGACCCGCCGCCCGGCGCUCUCACUUCAUCUCGCAAGCCAAGCAUGGACGACACGGCCUUGCCUUUAGAGACACAACACUGGAGUACUCACCCGUUUGAAGCUGUGCCAGCUUGGAAAGCCUCACCCAGUGGAUGUACAUUGGAGGCCUAUUCUUCUUGCAGGCAAAUCCUUUCAUCUGCCAGUCUGGCCAGGAUUCUCCUAUUUGUGUGCGGCUUUGUGACUCAUGGUUCACGUCAUCAAAUAGAACAAAUGACAAGGGUCCCCGUCCCCGAACCUACGGCAGACACGCCUCACCCUCCAGUAAAGGACCUCAGUUCCUUGGAGAACUCUGAAGUCACCAAUCCAACUGAGAGGAAGAGAAAGAGAGACUGUAAGAUUGACCAGAAAGAAAUGCCUUCAGUUUUACGGAAAUGCACCAUAGACAAAGCCACGACUUCCGCCUCUGCAUUGAAAUGCUGAGCUGGAGCCAUCAAAGCUCAACUGUCCUUUACCUGAGGGGAGUCAGGUAAGGGCGCUUAGCAACUGGGAACUACAAUUUGCAGACAAGGGGCGGAGCUCAGUCGCAAGUGUGCUUAACCUGAGGUCCCAGGCGUGGGUCCCAUCCUUAGUAUCCUAAAUAAAAUUAGCUGAAAAAAGGAAACUGGAUUUGCUAAACAGAAUAUACAUGAUACAGACAUACGGUUUUAGGUAGGAGAAAUAUCCUAAGCAUCUUU